CUAAAAUUGCGCAUGCUUGUCAGGAAUUUUAAAUUGCCUGUAUUACGUGACUGAUCUUAUAUUUUGGAAAUCCGCCACUGAGUAAGAAGAGUUUUGCAGCAUUGAAGAUUUUCGACUAUGAAAUCGUUCAGCUUGUCCGUUGUUUUACUGGCAUUUAUUCCGUUUUUCACUACAGCGUUUCGAAAGGAUUAUCCUUACGAGACAGUUAAACAGCUGGACAUACUUGGCCGGGUGUUAUAUCCUACCAUCACCUUUCCCUGUUCUGAAAUGCCACACGUUUGUGCAAACAUGGAAAACGCCAUUCAGAACGGCGCACCAUCACAACUGUAUUACCUCAAAAAUGCAACCCAAACUGCAAUAAAUAGAAGAGCCUCUGGUUGUCCAAAACUACAAAGAGAACAUGGAAAUUCGACCACAAGUUGUGACGAGUAUCCCUUUGCGUCAACCCAACAAGGUGGAGCCGGUGCUUUUAUAAGGCUUGUUCCAAGAGUUGAAAACAGCAGACAAGGUGGUUAUUUGAGCCAAUUCUACCGACAGAACAUCCCAAAUGGCGGUUAUUUUAAUGUCGACUUUAAUUAAACCAUAAUUUUAAUUCUAAUUGUAUUCGAGAUGGUAUCCCAUCUUAAAUGUUAUUAAUUUGCAUUUUGCAUGCUUGAUUUUUGAAUUUGAACACUGAAUUUUGUAAUUUUGUUUUUUCUUUUUGCUUGCAUGAAUAACGAA